AAGGGAGGCCUGGCGCGGAACGCGGGGCGCGGGGCGGGGCGCCGAGGGGCGCGCCAGGAGCUUCGCGGGCGCGGGGAGGGAGUCCGCGGCCCAGUUCCGGGCGCCUCGGAGCGGGCUCACGAGGCUUUCUCGCCUCGGUUUCCGGCGAGUGCACGGGUUGGUAGCCCAGAGGAGGUUAAAGCUGUUUCCUGAGACCUCAGCUGCUAAAUGGAGUCGCAGCAGUGACCCGGUUCCUCCAGCAACGCGGGGCUGACUUCUCGACCGGGGCCAAACCCUGAGCUUGGCACCGUUGAGGGGGGGCUCUCCGAAGGGGAAUCAGAGCUGGUCCCUGUCCGUGGAGAAGAGGACAGUGUGUGGGGGCACUUUAUGCCAUCGAAAGCAGCAUGGAUCUGCCUGUGGAUGAGUGGAAAUCAUACCUGCUUCAAAAGUGGGCUUCACUCCCAAAGUCCAUUCAGCUCACAAUUUCUACAGCAGAGACCGUGAGCGAUAUCUUUCUUCAUUCCUCUUCACUUCUUCAACCUGAGGAUGAACUGUUUCUAAAAAGACUUUCUAAAGGUUACUUGGUGGGAAAGGACUCAGACGCUCCCCUUUUCUACAGAGAACAAGGAAACAAAAAAUUUCAGGAGAAAGAUUACACAGGAGCUGCAGUGCUGUAUUCUAAGGGUGUGUCACAUUCAAGGCCUAACACCGAGGACAUGUCGCUGUGCUAUGCUAACCGCUCGGCAGCCCUCUUCCACCUGGGUCAGUACGAGACGUGCCUUAAAGACAUUAGCAGAGCACAGAUGCAUGGCUAUCCAGAAAGGCUGCAGCCCAAGGUCAUGUUACGUAAAGCAGAAUGUCUGGUGGCCCUGGGGAGACUACAGGAGGCGAGCCAGACCGUCGGUGAUCUUGAAAGGAACUUCACGGCCACACCAACCCUAGCAGAUGUCCCCCGUCAGACUCUGCAGAGAAACCUCCAUCAUCUGAAAACGAAGCUACAGGAAAAGGAGAGUCCCACAGAAACCUUCCCAGCAACUCUGGCCAAAACCCUCGAGGAUGUGGCGCUCAGGGGAGAGAAUGAACGAGUUUCCAACGCCUCAUCAUCCGUCGGCUUGUGCAUAGAUCCUUUAAAAGGUCGCUAUCUCGUUGCCACGAAAGAUAUUCGCCCAGGAGAGCUCCUGGUGAAGGAGGAUGCUUUUGUGAGUGUUCUCAACCCCGGAGAACUGCCACCACCGCAUCACGGCCUAGACAGCCAGUGGGACACCAGAGUCACCAAUGGGGACCUGUAUUGUCACCGAUGUUUGAAGCACACUUUGGCCACAGUUCCGUGUGACGGAUGCAGUUAUGCCAAGUAUUGCAGCCAGGAGUGUUUGCAGCAGGCCUGGGAGCUCUACCACAGGACAGAAUGUCCUCUGGGGGGGCUGCUUCUCACACUGGGUGUCUUUUGCCACAUUGCCCUGAGGUUGACUCUUGUGGUGGGAGUUGAGGAUGUUCGCAAAAUCAUGAAGAAGCUUUGUGUUAAGAUUAGUAACAAGGACAUCUGUUUACCAGAAAGCGACAAUCAGGUCAAGACACUUAAUUAUGGCCGAGGAGAGAGUGAGAAAAAUGGCAAUAUGAUUGAGACCCCGAUUCCUGGAUGCGAUGCUAAUGGGAAGUAUGACAGUAAUUAUGAUGCUGUUUUCAACCUUUUGCCCCAUACUGAAAACCACAGCCCGGAGCACAAAUUCCUCUGUGCUGUCUGUGUUUCUGUACUGUGCAGGCAGCUAGAAGCAGCCGGUUUACAGGCCAUCCCAACAGGUGUGAACUCCUCUCAGCUCACAGCAGCAGUGACACCUGAGUCGUGUCCCGACGUGACUAUAUGGGGAGUGGCAAUGCUGAGGCACAUGUUACAGCUGCAGUGUAAUGCUCAGGCGAUAACCACCAUACAACACACAGGAUCUAAAGAGAGCAUCGUUACUGACAGCAGGCAGGUGCGCCUUGCCACAGGCAUCUUCCCCGUUAUCAGCCUCCUGAACCACUCCUGCAGCCCCAACACCAGCGUGUCCUUCAUUAGCACUGUCGCCACCAUCCGCGCAUCACAGCGGAUUGGAAAGGGGCAAGAGAUUCUCCACUGCUAUGGGCCUCACAAGAGCCGGAUGGGGGUUGCCGAAAGGCAGCAGAAGCUGAGGUCUCAGUAUUUCUUUGACUGCACCUGUCCAGCUUGUCAGACUGAGGCACACAGGAUGGCUGCAGGCCCCAGGUGGAAAGCAUUCUGUUGCAACAGUUGCAGAGCUCCCAUGCAGGGAGAUGGCGUGCUGCGCUGUGGCAACAGAUCUUGUGCAGAAUCCGGUCGUCAGCAGAGACCACCUAGUCUCCGGUUACAGGACCUUCAGCAGCAGGUCAGAGUGGCCCAGAAGCUUCUCAGAGAUGGGGAACUAGGUGAGACUGGCUCCCCCUGCUUUGGUCCUCCAGACCCUUCCCUUUUAUUCAUUCUGAUACCAUUUUGGACUCAAAGCGCGCUGUUCACGGCUUGCUGUCCGGGAGUGCCACAGCGUGAUGCCGAGAGCUUCCUGUGGCAGCACGCUGGUGGGACGAGAUCCCGCGACGGCCUGGCCGGGCUGUGCUGCCUUAGGGGACUGGAAAACUACAGCCACCCACCUCACACAGAACGAGGUCUCCGCGGGUGGAGCGUCGCACACGGGCCGUCCAGCGUUGAACAAUGGGCCAUGGAGCUCUCUCUCAACGUGGCCCAGAUCUUUUUCAAUGGGUUUGCAGUACCCGAAGCCCUGAGCACAAUACAGAAGGCUGAGGAGGUUCUGUCGCUGCACUGUGGCCCGUGGGACGAUGAAAUCCAGGAGCUCCGGAAGAUGAAAUCCUGUUUAUUGGACUUACCACCCACCUUGUAAGGUCUUCAGUUUAGGGUCCCAAGGGGAUUUUGACCCACAGGAAAGGAGCCCGUGGAACACAAGGUAAAGAGGUUAUGGCCGGACGGGUGCAGCAGCUCACACCUGUCAUCCCAGCACUUUGGGAGGCCGAGGCGGGCGGAUCACGAGGUCAGGAGAU